AUGCAAUUCACAACUUGUACACUCCUCGCUCUGGCUUCCCUCACCUCUUUGGUUGCCGCCGAUUACUUCGCCAACUUCUUCACCGACGAGAAUUGCAAUGAGGACGGCUCUAUCGGUUUUGACAUGACCAACCCCGGAUGCUUCGCUUGGGCAGGUGCCAAAUCAGUCUAUAUCCCUAGAACCAGCUUCCCAAAUGAGCAAUUUUGCCUGGUCAUGACUCACGACGACGAUCAUUGUAGUUGUCAAGAUCAGGCUUACGACUUUACCUCCACUGGGUUCUGUGCUAAGUUAGAUGGUACGGUCAAAUCAUACAGAUUCAUCUCCGGAUCCUGUGGUUCCGACACCUGUUAG